AUGGUGCUUCGCUGGCUCUACGGCUCCAUGGCCAUGGACAUCGUCGACCUCGUCAUGCCUACCGACCCCACCACCGCCACGGCGUACAAGGUCUGGACCUCUGUCGUCACGCUCUUCAACGACAACAAAAAGAGCCGCGAGAUUUAUCUCGGCGAGGAGUUCUACAUCAAGCAGGAGGAUCGGUCCAUCACCGAUUACCUUCACCUGCAAAAAACGGCGGCUGACGCCCUUGCCGAGGUCGGUGCGCCCGUCUCCGACCCCGAACUCGUCACAAACGUCAUCAAGGGCCUUCACGAGCGCUUCGACAGCGUCGCCGACAUCGCCCUCCUCCUCACUCCGUUCCCUACCUUCCUCAACUUCCGCAACAUGCUGCUCCUCCACGAGAUGAAGGCUUCUCGAUGUUCCAACAGCACCUCGGCCUCCGCCUUCUAUGCUGCCAAAGGACCCGUCCCGCUCCUCCCAACGGCGGCGGGGAAAGGAAAGAACAAGGGCUACAGGCCCGCCGGUGGUGCUCCUCCCAUGCCGACGCCCUUCAAUCCUUGGACCGGCGCCAUCCAGAUGUGGCCCAUGCAGUCCCACCCCAACAGCACCGGUGGCACCGACGACAUCCUUGGACGGGGUCCGGGAUCACGCGCCCACGCCUACAUGGCCGCUCCUCCGGCUGCUCUCGGCGCGCCCUACGGCGGCUAUGGUCCAGCCUCAUACGGCGCCGUGCUGCCCUACGCUGCACCCACGACACCAGCACCAUCAUGGGACACUGCUGCUCUCGCUCAACACUUCACCAACAUGACGCUGCAGCAGCCCGCUCCCGAGUGGGUCAUGGACAGCGGCGCGACCGCCCACCUUUCCUCCGACGCUGGCUAG